AUGGCGCCAGUUACAAUUCGGUUUCGAAUUGAUCUCCAGAAUCUAUGGGCCGCUGGUUAUCAGUGGGAUGAGUUAUUGCCAAAUGAAGAAAAGUUCAAAUGGCAAAAGAAUGUCGAGAUUAUGAACGCCCUUCUCGGUACCCACCUGGAAAGGUGCCUAAAACCUGAAACCUCGGUAGGAAGUCCACAGCUCCAAGGAUUCUCAGACGCGGGAGAAUUAGGAUAUGGUGGAGCCCUCUUCCUUCGGUGGGAAUUGGCGGACGGCAAAUUUACUUCCAGAUUUGUUGCAGCGAAAGCCCUGGUUGCACCACUGAAGAAGAAGACCAUACCGAGACUAGAGUUGAUGGGUUGCUUGGUGCUGAGUCGACUAGCAGCUGCAAUCGAACGAGUCUUGAUGAUCGACCUGGUUGACAAAUUCUGGUGUGAUUCAACUACAGCCUUGUCCUGGAUAAAAAGCUCGCCAGCAGAAUUCAAACCAUUCGUGAGUGUCCGAGUCGCUGAGAUACAGGAGAAACAACCAACUGCUGUUUGGAAUUACAUCACCUCGGAAGCCAAUCCAGCGGACGCACUCACCAGAGGGAUAAUGCCUGAAGAGCUCCAGUUAUGGCAUCAUGGUCCUCAAUUUAUCCAAAAGCCAGAAAACGAUUGA